AUGGAUACUGGCUGUCUUACUUUACAAGUCGUGGCGCCUAAAGAGAAUCGUCGCAAACGACGCAUCAUCAAGCCCUUUACCAUCCACCCUCAUACGUCCGACAUAGAACUAUGCCCAGUUCAGGGCUUCAAGGCUCUUCAUGAUCACUCUGGUUUGGCUUCUCGUCCUCCGGGUUCACAACUCUUUGUAAAGUCUCAUCUCAUCCAACAGUCUCUAUCGUCUUCAACCAUUUCCUCAUGGCUACAUCGUGACUUUAUUGCGCUCUGCACUUCUGAACCUAAUGUUUCCAUCCGUUCAUUGGCAUACUCACGGGUGUUAGAUCUUGGGGUCUCUAGAGACGACAUCGUAAUUCUCGGUAAUUGGACUUCCUCCUCAACCAUUGAAAACCAUUACCAACGUAAUCAGAUGGCUCAGGUGGACUUCACAUCAACGGUUCUCUCGGAUCCUCUUGACCAGUUCUUUGAUGCUCAUGAAGACUUCUCUCUGGUUUAG